CGUGCGGUGCUGUGCUUUUGGUCAUGCCAAACGAACAUGCCGCAGCUCGCCUAAAAAUAACACGCCCAAGUCCCAGCUUUAAACUCACCUGCCGAUAUAUAAGCAGGCGGCGGAGCAGCCCAAUUCGAGCGGAACACUGAAGCCACAAGCAGGCGCCAUGGACACACAGAAGCUAGUAGCAUGGCCACUCCUCCUUCUCCUCCUCUCCCUGCUGCUGCUGCUGCUGUCGUGGAGGAGGAAGACCAAGAGCGGAGGGGCACCGCCGGGUGGUCGGCGGAGAGCUCCCCCGGGGCCGCCGAGGCAGCUGCCGGUGCUGGGCAACCUGCUGCAGAUCGGCAGCCGGCCGCACCGCUACUUCCAGGCGGUCGCGCGGAGGCACGGCCCCGUGGUGGAGGUGCGGCUCGGCCGCGUGCGCGCCGUCGUCGUCUCGUCGCCGGAGGCCGCCAAGGAGGUCCUCCGGACCAACGACCUGCACUGCUGCAGCCGCCCCGACUCACCAGGCCCCCGGAUGCUGAGUUACGACUUCCUAGACGUGGCCUUCAGCCCCUACGGCAACUACUGGCGCGAGAUGCGGAAGCUCUUCAUCCUCGAGCUGGUCAGCAUGCGCCGCGUCCAGUCCUUCGCCUACGCCCGCGCCGCCGAGGUCGACCGCCUCGUCGCCUCCCUCGCCGCCGCUGCCGGCCGCUCCCCUCCGGCGGGCGCCCCCGUCGUCGUCGACCUCAGCGAGAAGCUCUACGCGCUCUCCGACGGCAUCGUCGGCACGGUGGCGUUCGGCAAGAUGUACGGGUCGGCGCAGUUCGGGCGCAGCAGCUUCCAGCGGGUCAUGGACGACACGGUGCGCGUGCUGGGGAGCUUCACGUUCGAGGACUUCUUCCCGGCGUCGCGCCUCGCGCGGUGCGCCGACGCCCUCACCGGCGCCGCCGGGCGGAGGCGGCGCGUCUUCCGCCAGAUCGACCGCUUCUUCGACUCGGUGAUCGACAAGCACCUCGAGCCCGAGCGGCUGCGGGCCGGGGUGCAGGAGGACAUGGUGGACGCGCUGGUGAAGAUGUGGAGGGAGCAGGACGGAGAGGCACUAGGCUUGACGCGUGCCCAUAUCAAGGGUAUCCUCAUGGAUACAUUUGCUGGAGGCAUCGACACCUGCGCUGUCACGAUGAUCUGGGUCAUGGCCGAGCUCGUGAGGAAUCCUAGCGUGAUGCAGAAGGCGCAGGCCGAGGUCCGCGGCAUGGUGGCGGGCAAAGCAAGAGUGGAGGAAGAAGAUGUCAAAGGCCUCAGGUACCUCAAGAUGGCGGUGAAAGAAAACUUCAGGCUUCACCCACCGGGGACACUGCUGAUCCCAAGGGAAACCAUGCGGAGCUGCGUGAUCGGCGGCUACGACGUGCUCCCGGGAACAAGGGGUUUCGUGAAUGUUUGGGCCAUGGGGAGGGAUCCAAGCAUCUGGGAGAACCCGGAGGAGUUCAGGCCGGAGCGGUUCGAGGGAAGUCGUGUCGAUUUUAGAGGCUUUGAUUUCGAGCUUCUCCCGUUUGGUUCAGGACGAAGGUCAUGCCCUGCCGUGGCCAUGGGCGUCGCCAAUGUGGAGCUUGCACUGGCCAACCUGUUGUACUGCUUUGAUUGGGAACUUCCUGAAGGGAUGAAGCGGGAGGACAUCGAUAUGGAAGAAACAGGGCAGCUUGCUUUUAGGAAGAUGGUGCCUCUUUGUCUUGUGCCUAUUAGGCGUGUAUGAGUAGGUUGUAAGAUUGGAGGCUGAAAGACUAUGUUCUCUUAAUAUUUUAUUCUAAUAAACUAGUACUAGCCUUCAUGGUUUCCGCUUUUGUUUGUCAUAAACUCAUAAUAUAAACGUGAACAAUAAUGAGAAAAUUCCUUAUUUGACACUA